AUGUCAGAUUACGACGACACCAACAACAAGAACAACACUAACAACAACAGCAGCAGAAACAUAAACCUUGAGCCCCUUCAGCCUGUCUGUCUCUGUCUGUCUGUCUGCCUGUCUGUCUGCCUGUCUGCCUGUCUGUCUGUCUGUCUGUCUGUCUGUCUGUCUGUCUGUCUGUCUGUCUGUCUGUCUUUGUGUCUGUCCAUCUGUCUGUCUUUCUGUCUGUCUUUCUGUCUGUCUCUGUCUGCCUGCCUGCCUGUCUGCCUGUCUGUCUGUCUGUCUGUCUGUCUGUCUGUCUGUCUGUCUGUCUGUCUGUCUGUCUGUCUGUCUGUCUGUCUGUCUGUCUGUCUGUCUUUCUGUCUGUCUCUGUCUGCCUGUCUGUCUGUCUGCCUGCCUGCCUAUCUGUAUGCCUGUCUGUGUCUUUCUGCCUGCCUGCCUGCCUAUCUGUAUGCCUGUCUCUGUCUGUCUGUCUGCCUGCCUGUCUGUCUGCUUGUCUGCCUGUCUGUCUGUCUGUCUGUCUGUCUGUCUGUGUGUCUGUCCAUCUGUCUGUCUUUCUGUCUGUCUUUCUGUCUGUCUCUGUCUGUCUGCCUGCCUGUCUGUAUGACUGUCUGUCUGUCUGUCUGUCUGUCUGUCUUUCUGUCUGUCUGUCUGUCUGUCUGUCUGUCUGUCUGUCUGUCUGUGUCUUUCUGCCUGCCUGCCUGCCUAUCUUUAUGCCUGUCUGUGUCUGUCUGCCUGCCUGCCUAUCUGUAUGUCUGUCUGUCUGUCUGUCUGUCUGCCUGUCUCUCUGUCUACCUUUCUGUCUGCCUGUCCAUCUGCCUGCCUGUCUGUCUGCCUGUCUCAUUUUAUGACGUCCCUCCCUGACCUCAUUGAGUCAAGUGCUUAGGGAAUGUUCUACAUGUAGGCCUGUUGGCAGAAGGACAAAUACACUUUGGCAUUGCAGCUAGUCAGUAAAACCUUUAAAAAGGAAGCAGUUUGUACUUAAUCAUAAUUCAGAUCAAAACAAACAUUGUGUUUGUUAACCAGUCAGAUGGGAAUUGGAUCAUGGUAGAUCUGCCGGUGUACACCAAUUUAGUCCCCAUUAUCGUCAAGGCAAGGCCAGGGAAAAUAGAGGUCAUCCCAUUCUCAACUAACCCAGUGCCAGCCAGCGUAGAGCACAUAUCUGCCAAUAAUGUUGUAUUACUGUAGUCAGGACAUUUGAUGUGGUGGAAAUUGGCAAACGUAUCCUCACCUAGAGGUGGACUAUACCAGACUACCGUGUAUGAUUCAGACUGUUCAAUAGUAGGGUUCCAUUCCCUCAGUAUACUGUAGUGUUCUGACUAGAAUGACACAAUCACAGAGCCAACCAUUUUAUUGGUCAUACCUGACCAGUGAGGGCCCACUAAAUAGGACUGGACGCUAGCUGUGAGAUGAGUCAAAUCAAAUCAAAUUCAUUGCAAAUGUAACUUAAGUUUGAGAUUAGUUUUAUACAUGAUUAACAAAUGCUGGCCACCAGUAAUGGAAAUAUAAUAAUGUAAUAAGAUAUUAUAAAGUAAUAUAAUAAUAGUAAUUGACAUAUCUAGAUAUAGAUGAAGAAUAUCCACUGCAUACAUUCAUGUACAAUUUGUGUCAUGGCAUUAUUCCUAAUCCUGGGAGGUUUAGGGUUCAUUGAGAUUAUGAAUAAUGUAAAAAGGUAAUCAUUAAUAUUAAUGGACUACAUUCUUCUGUCAGGAUAAAAGCUUUCAGAUUAUAUUCUAUACUGGAAUAAUGUGUUUAUAUGUCGUUUGGACAGCUGCCAAAGAGUUGCAGUUGAAAAAUCUGUUUUGUUAUAGUAUUGAUUUAGCAAGACAGAUUGAGUUUUGAAUGACUAAUUAUGCUUUAAAAUCGAAUGUAAGAUGCAAAAUAGUAGAUAGCGACAGUAGAUGUGUAAUUAAUUCUAUGUGAGCCUAAAAGCCCUUUAAGCAGCCAUUUCACAUGUUUAGGGUUUGUGAUAAGCGAAUGUAAUUUAACAAACCGUCAGACAGAACCAAGAAUGUGUCCUCACAUUAACACACAAGUCAACAGUCAUUUAGCCUCUGUGCUCCCAUCUUUACAUUUACAUUUUAGUCAUUUAGCAGACGCUCUUAUCCAGAGGGACUUACAGUUAGUGAGUGCAUACAUUUUUCACACUGGCCCCCUGUGGGAAUCAAACCCACAACCCUGGCGUUGCAAGCGCCAUGCUCUACCAACUGAGCUACAGGAGGCUACAAAUCACCUGAUCUCUGCUAAUCAGCACGCAGCUGUAAUUACCCUAGCCUAGCAUCCUGCCGACGCGGUGUGAUGGCCGAUAGGGAGGGAGGCCGUUGGAAACAGGGAAAUGGUUUUAUGGUGCAAUAUGAUUCAUUGUGAAACUGAAGAUGAAAAUAGCACUUCAGUCACUUGAUUUGACACUGUGGUAAAACAGAGUUUUUCUGUACUACCACCAAAUGUAUAUUAUCAUCGAGUUUUGGUGUGUGCACGCGUUCUUUCACUCCUCUUUCACAAGUCUUCAGAUGACAAAAUCAUUCUUACUUCUUUCAGCUGUCCUUUACCUACAUUUGCAUAAUUGUAAUGAACCGGUGCUCCAAAGUAGCCAAUCAUAUAUUCAGGAGUAACAGGGUCUGAUCUACCAGGGAAAUACACAUUUGAAGCACCAAAUUUCAACAUCAAGACGUAUGAAUCACUCUAUUGAAAGUAAUGUAUACUGACAUAUUGGAUUACGUCGUUUUUAGGGACGUGGUUUGUGAUGGGAAUAAAUUAGCGAUGCUCAAAACAGUUUCACACUUCUCCAUUGCACUCAUUUCCACACCAAGCAAUUUUUUUCUAGCCUCUGUCUGCAUCAACUGCAUUUUGUGACAAAUAUGGGUGCUGAGUUGUGAAAAAUUCAAUUAGUGAAGGUUUUUAUUGAAUCUGUUUGUCUCCACUGGGCUUAAUCUGGCAGCCAAUGAACACAUUUUGAGCUUUCUCUGUCUACCUCACUACUCAGAUGGAAACUUCUAGAGCUAAUUAUGAUGAGUUAUUAACAUGCCGGGACAAUACCAGUAUCGCGAUACUCGUUAGUAUCGUGGCAAGGAAACAAAACACGAAGCGUAUUUACCUUCUUUAGGAAAACAGCCCUAAUGUUCGAAACAAACAUCAAUAUGUUGUCAUCCAGAUUCACAUGUAUUUAUUUUCCAAGCUAUAGCUCACAAUAUUUGGUCACACUUUAUUUCGAUAGUCGGGACAGAUACUAUACUCUCUACAGAUACUAUCAACAAACUAUGUGUUGUAAAGCAACUGCUUGCUAAAGUUAGGGUUUGGGUUAGGUUUAGGGUUAGGAUAAGGGUUAAGGUCAGGGUUAGAGCUAGGGAUAGGGAUAGUCUGUAGAGCAUCUACAGAUGGACUAUCCAAAUACAGCAGGUUAUUAAAGGACCAAAUAGUUUGGUCUGCUUCGUGCUGUAAUUGUUAUCAUGCAAAAAAUAGUGUGAUACUGGUUUCGUCAAAACCCUAAUGCAUAUUCACUUGUUUUCUCUCACCUUGUCACCAGACAAGUGAUGGUUAAAAAUGUAUUGUGAUCGAAGUUAUUUUGGUUGUUAGUUGUCGAGUGCUCUUUUGAACAUACACUGAUUUUAUGGUGUCAAACCUUGCUUCGAGACCUUCGCUUUGACAAGAGACCUGACAUUGUCGGCAGCUAUUAAAUUGACCGGAGUGUUUGUCAUCUUUCAUUACCAGGUCACGAUCCUGAUAGUCCUGGCCUUGGCGUUCCUGGCCUGCAUAGUGUUCCUGGUGGUGUACAAGGCCUUCACCUACGAACACAGCUGCCCAGACGGAUUCAUAUACAAGGUGAGUGGGCCCUCUUAUGUGUGUAGCAAAUGGCACCCUAUUACCUAUGGGCUCUGGUCAAAAGUAGUGCACUGUAUAGGGAAUAGGGUGCUAUUUGUGACAAAGCCUUAAAACUACACUGGCUAAUCGUCUGUACAGUCACAUUUGGAGGUUGUUGCUGUGGACUACAUGUUCGCUGAAGUAAAUCUAAUUUUAGACACAGCCACUGUGCUUUCCAGAGCAAAAAAUAACCUCUUCACCAGAAAAAGCCCUUAGUGUUGUGCAGCAGUCUGUACGUGAGUAGAGUAUGUUAUUGAACCCCCCCCCCCCCCCCUCUCUCUCUCUCUCUCCCCCUGCAGCAUAAGCGAUGCAUCCCUGCCUCUCUGGAGGCCUACUACACGGCUCAGGAUGCCAACUCCCGAGGGCGCUUCUAUACGGUGAUCAGCCACUACAGCAUGGCCAAGCAGACCACCUCCCGCUCCGUCUCUCCCUGGCUUCCCGCUGGCGCUGCUCCGCACGACCCCAAGCCGCCCAACACGGACGGGCACUGA